CGCCGGAGCGGCAGCAGCAUUUACUUCCUUCCAGAAAUUUCAUCAUUCGGCUUGGCGAUCCAUGCUUUUUCGUAGCGCAGCAUCGGCACUGGUGAGGACCAGCAUUGAGAUUUCCUUCAUCUGCUCCUUGUCCACGGUCCGGUUUGUGCGGCAGUCUUUCCGCUACUCGCACCAUAACAGGCCGUUUUCAACGUCGGUCUGUUUGUGUAAGCAAAAGAAGAAAAUCCUGUGGCUGCAGCUAGCGGAAGGACAAACCAUGGACGGCAACAUCGAAGAGGUUCUCGCUCCUCUGAGGCUUGCUGUCAAAGAGCAGGGGGAACUGGUUCGCCAAAUGAAACAGGAAGGUGCUCCUGAUGUGGAUGUUACUAAGGCUGUGGCUGAACUGAAAGCAAGGAAACGGAUUCUGGAGGCUAAGGAGCUGUCACUACAACCCAAAGAUGACAUUGUUGACAGAACCAAGAUGGAGGAUACCCUUAAGAGGCGGUUCUUCUAUGAUCAGGCCUUUGCCAUCUAUGGAGGUGUGAGUGGACUGUACGACUUUGGCCCUGUGGGCUGUGCUCUGAAGAACAACAUCCUGCAGACCUGGAGGCAGCACUUUAUCCACGAGGAGCAGAUCCUGGAGAUCGACUGCACCAUGCUGACCCCUGAGUCUGUCCUCAAGACGUCGGGACACGUGGACAAAUUUGCUGACUACAUGGUGAAAGAUGUCAAAAAUGGUGAAUGCUUCAGGGCUGACCACCUCCUCAAAGCCCACCUCCAAAAGCUGAUGUCUGAUAAGAAGUGUACAGCAGAGAAGAAGGCUGAGAUGGCUGACGUGAUCACCCAGAUGGACAACUUCAGCCAGCAACAAUUGACUGAUCUGUUUGUUAAAUACAACGUCAAGUCACCCACCACAGGAAAUGACCUCACAGCGCCCAUCUCCUUCAACCUGAUGUUUCAGACAUCCAUUGGACCAGGGGGGAAUAUGCCAGGCUAUCUGAGGCCUGAAACAGCUCAGGGAAUCUUCCUCAACUUUAAGCGCCUUUUGGAGUUUAACCAGGGAAAACUUCCCUUUGCUGCUGCUCAGAUUGGAAACUCCUUCAGGAAUGAAAUCUCUCCUCGCUCUGGACUCAUUCGUGUUAGGGAGUUCACAAUGGCUGAGAUUGAGCACUUUGUGGAUCCAAAUGAAAAGGUCCACCCUAAGUUCUCCAGUGUAGCUGACCUGGAGAUCAUACUAUACUCCUCUAAGGCCCAGACCAGCGGCCAGUCUGCACAGGUCAUGAGACUCGGAGAUGCUGUGGAGCAGGGAGUGAUCAACAACUCUGUCCUGGGAUAUUUUAUUGGGAGGAUCUACCUCUACCUUACUAAAGUUGGUAUUGCCAAAGACAAGCUGCGUUUCCGACAGCACAUGGACAAUGAGAUGGCUCACUAUGCCUGUGACUGCUGGGAUGCUGAAGCCAAAACCUCCUAUGGCUGGAUUGAGAUAGUCGGGUGUGCUGACCGGUCCUGCUUUGACCUGAAAUGUCAUGCACGAGCUACAAAGGUCCCGCUGGUUGCAGAGAAGCCUCUUAAAGAACCUAAAGUUGUAGAUGUCGUCCAAUUUGAGCCCAAUAAAGGAGCCAUUGGGAAGGCGUACAAGAAGGAUGCCAAGGUAGCCAUGGAGUAUCUGUCUGUGUGCGACGAGUGCUUCAUUACAGAGCAGGAGCAGCUGCUUAAUGAGACUGGAGAAUUCACCAUCGAGACAGAAGGGAAGACUUUCAAACUCACAAAGGACAUGGUCAGUGUGAAGCGCUUCCAGAAGACACUGCACGUGGAGGAGGUUGUUCCAAACGUAAUCGAGCCCUCCUUUGGCAUUGGUAGGAUCAUGUACACCAUCUUCGAGCACACAUUCCAUGUCAGAGAAGGUGAUGAACAAAGAACGUAUUUUAGCUUCCCUGCCACUGUAGCUCCGUUUAAAUGUUCUGUGCUGCCCCUGAGCCAAAACCAGGAAUUCAUGCCCUUUGUGAAGGAGCUAUCUGAGGCGAUGACCAGAAACAGUGUUUCUCACAAAGUGGACGACUCUUCCGGAUCCAUUGGGAGGCGUUACGCUCGGACAGACGAGAUUGGAGUAGCAUUUGGCAUCACCAUUGACUUUGACACAGUGAAUAAGCAGCCUCACACAGCCACUCUGCGAGACCGAGACUCAAUGAGGCAGAUCAGGGCCGAGGUCAGUGAUUUGCCUGCGAUUGUUCGGGACUUGGCCAAUGGCACGUUGACCUGGGCAGAAGUGGAGAGCAAGUACCCCAUCUUCGAAGGACAGGAGACCAGCAAAAGGGACACUAAUGAAGAGUAAAGCUGACUCACGUGUCAGUCACUCCAUGAAAAUCCACAAACUUUUUGCAAAUGCAUCACCAGGAAGAAUAUUGAUACGCAAUAUAUUGUGAUAAGCUGUGGUGGUGCAUCACUGCAGUCGCUUCUGAUGCCAUGUAUUCAUUAUAUAGAACAGUUGUGGAAAAGAUAACUGCUCUUUCUUUGAUGAGCAGCAUUUCAUUCAUGUACGAUCAUGUAUGUUUAAAAAAGGAGAAAAUGUAAGCAGAUUGUCAGUGGGACCUCUCAUUCCAGUUUUCAGGCAGAUUGGAUUGAGAUACUGUUUCAAUAAAACCACCCAGCACUUACUGGAUAUGGCGGUACAA